AUUGUGUUUCUUCUGGCGUUGUUUAUAUUAGGGUUAGGACGAUAUAAUAAUUACGAGUCGGUUCACCGGACGUUGGCAGAAUUUUAUCGACGAGCACGCUUUCCCGUUUUCGUUAUUUCAGAGAACAGUUUAUAAAACAUUAGGAAUAUGUGUUGGAAAGCAAUUGUGAUAUUUCUUAUAUUACUUUGUAUAAUUGUAUAUAAUUAUGAUAAUUUAACAAAAGUAUAUCCAUCGAUAAAUAAUUAUAUUUCGAAUGAGUUGCCGGAAUUAACGACACUUUCUCCUGCGUUAGAAAAGUCUAACGACAAUUUUAUGACGUCGGAUGACAAAGGAAGAAGACGUGGGAAUAAGGAAGAGAAAGAUGGGGAACGAUAUAAAAGUAAGAACGUGAUUCUGCAAGGGGAUAAUAUGGAUUCACGAUUAUGCCGCCGAGAAAUUUCUACGUCUUUCGUCAACGUGCCGUUCGAUUCCACGAAAGUGGGAAAAAUAUUGUCCCGCUUGAUUAAAAAAGAGACGCGCGACAAUUAUUUUAAGGUCAAGAGAAGCAUAGCAACGAAACUGCGGAAAAAGGCGAACGUUUUAGGACGUCUCUUGAUAAACAGUGUAUCGAAUAAAAGUGACGAAUACGAUUACGACAAUCUAGAUGACGAUCAUUUAAAAGACGCGGAUAAUGAUGAAAUUAAUUGGGAUAAUGAAUUUUUAAACGAAAACGGGCCAAGUAUUAUGGAGUUAAUCGUUUUGAACGAAAAGCACAGGAAAAAGUUGUAUCCUAAUUUGUCUCCUCACGAUGACGAAUAUUAUUAACAAUCGCACGAAUUUUAAUAAUUUUAUUAUUUUUCGAUGACUAAUAAAUUUAAAUUUUUAUUUUUAUUGUAAAAUUAUAAUAAUAAUUUUUAUAUAAAUUAAGUAUAUAUUUUUCACUUUAGUAAACUGUUGACGUUAAAAGUGUAUAUUACGAAAAUUGGAAUUGUUUUUUUUUUUAUCAACAUAAAUAAGGAAACGAUAAAUUGUAACGAUAAAUUGUGAUAAUUGUAGUAUGAAUGUAAAUGAAUUUUAUAAAAAUAAUUAAUUGUCUAGACGUAUUUCGUAAAAGCUACUUUUUUUCGAAUUUUGUACAGAUUUUAAAUUUAAAGUAUAAAUAUUUAUAAUUUUAUAGAACAACCUUUUUUUCUUAAUAUUCGAUUAAAGAUAAGCCUGUUUACAAUCGUCAAAUUAUUUCUACUUCCCCCCUCCAAGUAAUACAUUAUACAAUGUAAAUACUGCAACGAAUAAAUAUUAACUUUGAAGCGAUAAAAUUCAAAAUAAUUGACCCAUAUUAUAAAAUAAAAUCUCAUACAUAUCUUUGUUAUUGUAAAAGCUAUAAAUAAAAAGAAUGUA